GCCGCUGGGGGCGGAUCCCGGUCCCGCGGGCCGCGCCGCGCAGAACUGCAGAAGAACGCUGGGCUAAGCCAGCUCUGGGCCGCCUAGCUCGCUCUCGGCAACCGUAGGCUGCCCGCGGGUCCCGACUGCUAAGCCCGCGGCCUCAGGCGAAGGCAGGAGCUGACCAAGGCUCCGCGGCCGGCGCGGCUCUUGGAACAUGGCAACCCGUGCAUGGUUCGUCCUAGAAGGAGAUGACUUCUGUCACUGUAGUGUCUAAGAAUCAGGUGUGACAUUUCUUGGAGUACUUCAUGGUGGUCUUCUCCAUCCCUUCCACACCACUGCUUCACACAGCUCCUAAAACAUGGGAGAAAAUGAGGAUGAAAAGCAGACCCAGGCCGGGCAGGUUUUUGAGAAUUUUGUCCAGGCUUCCACGUGCAAAGGUACCCUCCAGGCCUUCAGCAUCCUCACGCGACACCUGGGCCUCGACCCUUUGGACCACAGAAACUUUUAUUCCAAGCUCAAGUCCAAGGUGACCACCUGGAAGGCCAAAGCCCUGUGGUACAAACUGGACAAGCGUGGGUCCCACAAGGAGUACAAACGAGGGAAGUCUUGUGUGAACACCAAGUGUCUCAUCAUUGGGGGUGGACCAUGCGGUUUGCGCACUGCCAUUGAACUUGCCUACCUAGGGGCCAAGGUAGUCAUAGUGGAGAAGAGGGACACCUUCUCCCGGAACAAUGUGCUGCACCUCUGGCCUUUCACUAUCCAUGACCUGCGGGGCCUGGGAGCCAAGAAGUUCUAUGGGAAGUUCUGUGCCGGCUCCAUCGACCACAUCAGUAUUCGUCAGUUGCAGCUCAUCCUAUUCAAGGUGGCCCUGAUAUUGGGAGUUGAAAUCCAUGUGAAUGUGGAGUUUGUGAAGGUUCUAGAGCCUCCUGAAGAUCAAGAAAAUCAAAAAGUCGGCUGGCGAGCAGAAUUUCUCCCUGCAGACCACUCUCUAUCAGAGUUUGAGUUCGAUGUCAUCAUUGGUGCCGAUGGCCGCAGGAACACACUGGAAGGGUUCAGAAGGAAAGAAUUCCGUGGGAAGCUGGCCAUUGCGAUCACCGCCAACUUCAUAAACAGAAACAGCACAGCUGAGGCCAAGGUGGAAGAGAUCAGCGGCGUGGCUUUCAUCUUCAAUCAGAAAUUUUUUCAGGACCUUAAAGAAGAAACAGGGAUUGAUCUUGAGAACAUUGUUUACUACAAAGACUGCACUCAUUAUUUUGUCAUGACUGCCAAGAAGCAGAGCCUGCUUGACAAAGGUGUCAUCAUUAACGACUACAUUGACACAGAGAUGCUGCUGUGUGCAGAGAACGUGAACCAGGAAAACCUGCUUUCCUACGCCCGUGAAGCUGCAGAUUUUGCCACCAAUUACCAGCUACCAGCUUUAGACUUCGCCAUGAACCAUUAUGGGCAGCCUGAUGUAGCCAUGUUCGACUUCACCUCCAUGUACGCCUCAGAGAAUGCGGCCUUGGUGCGCGAGCGUCAGUCACACCAGCUGCUCGUGGCCCUGGUGGGAGACAGUUUGCUUGAGCCAUUCUGGCCCAUGGGCACAGGCUGUGCCCGUGGCUUCCUGGCAGCCUUUGACACGGCAUGGAUGGUGAAGAGCUGGGACCAGGGCACUGCUCCCCUGGAGCUGCUGGCUGAAAGAGAAAGUCUCUACCGGCUGUUACCUCAGACAACCCCAGAGAAUAUCCACAAGAACUUCGAGCAGUACACGCUGGACCCAGGGACGCGGUACCCAAAUCUCAACUCAAACUGUGUGAGGCCACAUCAGGUGAAGCAUUUGUACAUCACUAAGGAGCUGCCCCAGUGCCCUCUCGAGAGGCUGGACUCAGUGCGCAGAUCUGUUGGCCUCUCCAGGCGGGAGUCAGACAUUCGGCCUAGCAAGCUCUUAACUUGGUGCCAGCAGCAGACUGAGGGCUACCAGCAUGUCAACGUCACUGACCUGACCACAUCCUGGCAGAGUGGCCUGGCCCUGUGUGCCAUCAUCCAUCGCUUCCGGCCUGAGCUAAUCAACUUUGAUUCUUUAAAUGAAGAUGACACCGUGGAGAACAACCAGCUGGCAUUUGAUGUGGCCGAGCGUGAGUUUGGCAUCCCCCCAGUGAUCACAGGCAAAGAGAUGGCAUCAGCCCAGGGGCCAGACAAACUCAGCAUGGCCAUGUACCUGUCCAGAUUCUACGAGCUCUUCCGGGGCACCCCGCUGAGGCCUGUGGAUUCUUGGGGCAGAAACUAUGGACAAAGCUCUGACCUCAGCAUGGCCAAAUCAUCCAUUUCCAGUAACUAUCUCAACCUCACGUUUCCAAGGAAAAGGACUCCACGUGUGGACAGCCAAACCGAAGAAAAUGACAUGAACAAACGGAGACGGAAAGGCUUCCACAAUCUGGAUGAGCUUGCAGCCUUUUCCAGCCAGAGUGUGGGCUCCAACCAAGAAGGCAGUGGCAGUAAAGAAGGCAGAAACCAGAACAAAGUCAAGUCGAUGGCAAGUCAGCUGCUGGCCAAGUUUGAGGAGAACUCUCGGAACCCGUCAGUCCUGAAGCAGGAACGCUGUGUCUCAGGGAUAAGUAAGCCUGUCCUGUGCUCCUCCUCCAGCCCUCCGGUUAACUGGCGCUGCCCCAAGCUGGAGGGGCCCACACCCAGCCUGUCACCUCUGAAAAGGCAGUUCCCCUCGGUGGUUGUGACGGGGCAUGUGCUCCGAGAGCUAAAGCAAGUGUCUGCUGGCAGCGAGUGCCCGAGCAGGCCCUGGAGAGCCAGAGCCAAGUCUGACCUGCAGCUGGGGGGGCCGGACCAUCCGGCUGCCGUGCCUCCUGCCUGCCAGGGAGCACUGGCCCUCUCCGGGGUGCUGCGGCGGCUGCAGCAAGUGGAGGACAAGAUUCUCCAGAAGAAGGCUGAGAAUUUGGCCAACAGGGAAUUUCACAAAAAGAACAUUAAGGAGAAGGCGGCUCACCUUGCCUCCAUGUUUGGACACAGGGAUUUCCCGCAGAAUAAGCUGCCCUCUAAAGGCCUGUCUCAUACCCAUCCUCCGUCUUCUCCUUCCUGCCUUCCAUCUCCUGAUCCAGCUGCUGCUUCCUCUCCAUCGACUGUUGACUCUAUUUCUCCUGCCAGAAAGCUGACGGUAGGGAAGGUAUCCAGUGGUAUAGGGGCUGCAGCUGAAGUCCUGGUCAAUCUGUACAUGAAUGAUCACAGGCCUAAGGCCCAGGCCACCUCUCCAGACCUGGAAUCUCUGCGAAAGGCCUUUCCCCUGAACCUGGGUGGCAGCGACACCUGUUCCUUCUGUAAGAAGCGCGUGUAUGUGAUGGAGCGUCUGAGUGCAGAGGGUCACUUCUUCCACAGAGAGUGCUUCCGCUGCAGCGUCUGCGCCAGCACCCUGCGCCUGGCUGCCUAUGCCUUCGACGUUGAUGAAGGCAAGUUUUUCUGCAAGUCUCAUUUCAUUCACUGUAAAACCAAUACUCAGCAACGGAAGAGACGGGCAGAGUUGAAGCAGCAAAGAGAGGUGGAGGGUAUGUGGAAGGAGCAAGAAGCCCUUCGGCGAGACAGUCCUGCGGAAAGUUCUUGUGCAGCUGCAGCCAUCAGCACGCCCGAAGGCAGCCCCCCAGCAGAUGAGCCGACCUCCCCCAAGAAACCCAAGAGUGUCCCAGAACCAGAUCCCGGUGAUGUGGAAUGUGGAGCCACCCCUUCCUUGCCCUCCGAGUGGACCUCAGUGAGGAUCAGCCCUGGGGAGGACGUGGUGGGGCAGGAUGUGACAGCCGUGUGUGUCUUGGUCACCAGCAGUGACAGCAGCUCUGAUGCAGAGUCAGAAGGCGGUGGCCGCCAACCCUGCAGUGCAGGGCCCUGUGAGGAGAGACGCUGGCAGCCGGAACCCCCGCGCCUACUGAAGCCCCUCUCCCCACACAGCUCCCUCAGAGGAGCCCUGACAGGGGUGGUCUCUCCACAGUGCCUGGAGAAACCCAGAGCUGUGCAUGCUCUGCAACGGGCCAAUGGCUCCCAGUCUCCAACUCCCAGCAAAUACCAGAGCUGGAGAAGAAAAUUCCAGUCGAUAGAUUUGAUGCCAGUGAGUAACAAAAGAACUAUGUCGCCUCCAAAGGAACCUUCUCCUCUUUGUCCUUCCUCAUCAUCUCCUUCAUCUUCCCUGUCAUCUUCUUCAGCUAGUGUCCCGGGGAAUGCUUGGGAUGGUUCCUCUCAGCCCCAGGUGACAGCCCACAACCUGCCCUCCCAGGUCUCCAGGGGCCGUUUCAGCCCUGCCACUCCCAUCUUUCUGAGGCGAGCCCGAGCCCAAGGAGCACCCAAGGAAAUCCCUCUGUUCCUGCCUCAGAGCCAGGUGCUGGAGCAGGCAGAAUACUGCCUCGUGAGCCCCAGUGAGGAUGGCCUUGCCAGCCCUGAGCCACUCAGCCCUGCAGAGGUGGCUUCUGAUGGGGGUCAGGAAGCAGAGUCUCCUCUUGCAGACAACAGAAGCAUCCACAGAGGCCCACGCCCCAGGGGAAGGAAGGACGGGUGCUUGCCAGACCAAGCACUGUCUCCCAGGGCUGGAGGGGACCCAGGAGAGGGGAGUCCCAGGCCCAGGAGGGCAGAGGAGGCUGGGUCAGAGUGGGCAGAGGGGAAGAAGUCAGGCUUAAAGAAGGUAGUCCUCACACAGGAGCAGAAGACCUGGUUGCUGAAUUGGAAGGAUUCCAACCCUGAGAGUUUACACCUGGAAGCUGGGGUGCAACUUCCCCCAAAAAGUGCUGAGAAUGGUAGAAGAGGCCAUGUGCUGAAACCAGUACGCCCUCUGUUGCUCCCUUGGUCCGUGAAGGAGCCGGUGCCAGCCCAGAGUAGGGCUCAGGAGAAGACAGGAACCGCGGCUGAACAGGCUCCAGAGGAGCGAAGCAUGGCUCCACCCAAGUCCCCGCCCAAGUCCCCACUGCGUCUUAUAGCAAACGCCAUCCGAAGGUCCCUAGAACCCCUCCUCCCCACCUCCCCAGGCGGGAAGAAAGCCUGGGCCAAGCCAGAUUCAAAGCCUCUGCCCACCUGCCAGCCACAAGCUUGCACUCGCUUUUGCGGCCUUGGGAAACCCAGUUCCAACAAAGACUGGGACCCGAGGUCCCCAGGGAAAGACAUGGCAAGCAAGGCCUCAGUCGUCUUCUCCCUGGGCCCCCAGACUGCCAGGGCCUCCCAGCCUUCAGACCUUAGCCCUCCUGACCCUGCCUUCCGCACCCAUAGUUUGCCCAACCGGCCAUCCAAGAUGUUUCCUGCCCUUGUGUCCCCUCCCCGCCACAAGAUUGAAGAUGUUCCCACACUCCUUGAGAAAGUGAGUUUGCAAGAGACCUCGGAUACUUCUUGGGUUCCCAAAAGAAGAAUCUCAGUCUUUUCUUCCCUGAGACUCAAAGACAAGUCUUUUGAGAGUUUCCUACAAGAAUCUAGACAAAAAAAAGAUCUCCAGGAUCUUGUCAGCACCCCUGAGGGGAAGGGUCUGCCUGUGGACAAUGUCCAGGCCCUAGAGAAGCUGGUGCAGCCUCUCAGUCUCAACUGCCUGGGGCAGAGGAUCCAUCCUCCUUCUGAGCGAGACAUGAGUCCUACGCACAUCCCCAUCAGAGUGCAGGUGACAGGGGCUGCCUCUGCCACCUCUUCGGCCAGCUCCUCCUCUGCAGAUGAAGAAUUUGAUACCCAGCCUUCCUUGCAGUCAAAGGAGAGGAAGACACUUAGAAGAAGGAAGCUAGAAAAAGCAACAAAACAGUUGGUUAAGCAAGAAGAACUGAAAAGACUUCAUAAAGCUCAGGCCAUCCAGAGGCAGCUGCAGGAGGUGGAGGAGCAGCAGAGGGCUUCAGAGAUCCAGGGCGUAAGACUGGAGAAGGCACUGAGAGGAGAAGCAGAUUCAGGCACACAGGAUGAAGCACAGCUUUUGCAGGAAUGGUUUAAGCUCGUUCUGGAGAAGAAUAAAUUAAUGCGAUAUGAGUCGGAGCUACUGAUCACGGCCCAAGAACUAGAAUUAGAAGAUCAUCAAAGCCGACUGGAGCAGAAACUGAGAGAGAAAAUGCUCAAGGAGGAGAGCCAGAAAGAUGAGAACGAUCUGAAUGAGGAGCGAGAAAUAUUCACUGAGAUGAUGCAAGUGAUUGAGCAAAGGGACAGACUUGUGGAGUCCUUGGAGGAGAAGCGCAUCAAAGAACAGGCUGAAGACCAGCACUUUGAAAACUUCAUGUUCCCCAGGGGCUGUCAGCUGAGCAGGGCGUGAGCACGCUCGGGGCCCUUGCCCUCAAAGCAAGCUGACGAUGGGCCCAGGCCAAGCACACCUCACACAUUCAAGUCGCGCUUUCUUCUCCAGAAUUUCUUGUACCUGGAACUGAAGUUAUGCCUACUGCAAUAUAGUUUUUAAAAAACUAAAAUUCUCUCAUAUGUACUGCAGCUGCCCAAGAUCCCGCCAGAGAUUAUAACAAAGAAAACACAAUAACAACAAAAAUACAAAGACUUUUGAAAUUGGCAAUCAACUUCAGCAGUUCUCUCAGACUGGAGGUGACCUUGGCAAAUAACAGCAUUGUUUCCCCUAGGAAGUGACACAGAGAUGGACUUCCCUGUUGCUUUUAUAAAUUAUCUUCCCAAUUCAUUGAGUUACACAUCUUAAGAUUUUUAAGAAGCUGCCUUUUCAUUAAUAUAUCCAUAUUUGCUUUUUUUGUAUGGAUGACCGGUUUCCAAAUGUCAGAAAGAAGCAGCCGCAGUGUAAAGAUUAGGUUAAUAUUUAAAUUGUGUUUCCAGAGAAAGAGGAGAAACCUUGAGAUUACUGAUUACCUAAAACAAAUACCUCAUAUAGCAGGUGUUAAUUCAAUCCAGGGCAAAUUUAAUUUGCCAGGUGUAUUUAUAAGCCUUAAUAUAAUAUACAUAAGCAAUGAGAGUUUAGUAGAACAUUUGAGCCUUAAUUUUAUUAAAAAAAAGAAGAAAGGAAAAAGGAAAGAAAACUUCAACUUUAUGCCAGCAGGAUUGUUAGUGCUCACCAAAUAGUGUUGGCUUAGGAAAGCUUUUUAUUCUCAGAGCACUCUCCUCAUUGCCCUGGGAACAUAGUGAAUACAUUUUUAGGAAAGGAAUGAUUUUAAAGCUUUUUUUUAAAAAUAACUGUUGGUAAUGGCAAAAAGGACACUCUUUCAUUUGUUGAUAAAAUAUUGGUGAGGUAGGUGCCAUUACUGAAAGGAACACUAGUGAUUCAAGACGAGGAAUGCUUCUCAGUGGUGGCAUAGAGUCCAAGCAGAGAAGUGUCUCCAGCCCUCUCUCCAGGGCUUGCCCAGGAUGACCCGGGACAAGGCCAGAACCACUUCGGACUUCAAGGUGGAGCUGAGUGCAGUGACCCCAUUUUCCAAAUCCCAAAUUGGGUCAUGGGUAUUUCAACAACAUUUUCAAUGUGAAAAGAAAGCUGGGAGAUGGAGUGUGUGCACUGAAAAGGGAUUCCUGGGAUAUUUUGACUGUUCAAAUGGGAACCAAAGAAAAUAUUUUAAAUGG